AUGGACUCGCAAGCACCAGACGCGAUUCUGCCUCAGAAGCCUCAGCCUAUAAUUAGCGUUCGAUCGAAAGUCUCACACAACCGUACCGAGUCCCAAAUCCCAUUGACAGGCGACCUUGAGAAGCAACUACCUCCCGUUGCGCCACCGAAGCGAUUCGCAAAAAUCAGAUAUGUCAUCCUCAAUACAUACCGACGCCUGUUUGGGCUAGCCUUCAUGGGCAACCUCAUUGCCUUUAUUAUAGUCAUGGCAAGAGAUAGGCUCUUGAUAGACUGCGUCAAUGCAUGCGCAAUAAACUUGCUCGUCUGCGGUCUUGCACGGCAGCCUCUCGUCAUCAACUCCUUGUUCGUCUCGCUAUGCGCCGUGCCAAGGUCGGCACCACUUAGGCUUCGUCAUCUGGCCUGCAAGAUCUUCCAUCUAGGAGGCGUCCACAGUGGCACUGGUGUGGCCUCCUUGGUAUGGUACCUUGGAUUCAUUUCCGUGUACACGCAGCAAUACAAGCCUUCGCCUGUGAGCACGACGGUGAUGGUGCUUGGCUAUGUGGUGCUCGCGGUCAUCCUCUUGAUCAUUGCAGUCGCAACGCCCAAGUUCCGGAUGAUGUACCAUGAUUGGUUCGAGUUGACGCACCGCUUCUCGACCUGGACCCUCCUGGCGCUCUUCUGGGCACUUCUUCUGACUCUUGCGUCUCAAGAGAAGCCAUCGAUGGGUGGUUUCCUGGUGCAGCAGCCGGCGUUCUGGGCCAUCAUCAUUGUCACCGCCGCCAUUAUCCAGCCGUGGGCCAUGCUCCGAAAGGUCAAGGUGACUCCAGAGCAUCUCUCAAAACAUGCCAUUCGCCUGCACUUUUCACACACUUCAAUCAUGUUUGGGCAAGGCAUUUCCGUCUCCAAGCACCCUCUGCGAGACUGGCAUAGCUUUGCCACCAUCACUGAUCGGUUCGAUUCUCCCGAUACAAAGUUCUCUUGCCUUGUCUCCAAGGCAGGAGACUGGACAUCCUCCAUCAUUGCCGAGCCCUCGAGCCACGUGUGGGUUCGUGGCGUGCCAGUCUAUGGCUUUGGAUACGUCAUGCGCGUCUUCAAGCGCAUCAUUGUCGUCACGACUGGCUCGGGAAUUGGCCCCUGCCUGUCCUUUAUUGACGACGACAACCGCCCAGAGAUGCGCGUGGUGUGGCAGACCAAGUCUCCGCUGCAGACAUACUCUCAGAGAACCCUCGACCUGGUACACAAGAUGGACCCCGAUCCGCUUGUGAUUGACACGAGGGCUUCGGGAAGAGUCGACAUGCUCCCAGAAGUCUUGCGUCUGUAUGAGGAGUUCAACGCCGAGGCAGUGUGUGUCAUUAGCAAUCCCAUGGUGACGAAGAAGCUGGUUCGUGAUCUGGAGGCGCGUGGAGUGCACGCAUAUGGACCGAUAUUUGAUAGUUAA